CGAUGGUGAAAGGUUGUGGUUUUGUUGAUUUCUGUGAACUUGCUGUCAUUUAUUGAGACUAGAUGAGGGAACGAUAAAACUGUAUAAAAUGAGGUUCUUUCCUGGAUUAAAACCUUUAUGUGCAGGAGUUUCCUUCUACAUUUCUCGAAAAAGCUCUUCAGUUUGUGGAAGAUUGUGGGCAGGCCAAUGGAUGAGAUCAUGUUCCAGAACUUCACAAAUUAUGAAAGAAGGCAACCAAGAUAGUAUAAUGCUAAAGCACUUUAUUUCAAAAAUAAAAUCAACAGGCCCAAUUUCAGUAGCAGAAUAUAUGAGGGAAGUUUUAACCAAUCCUGUCACAGGAUAUUAUCAACACAGAGAUGUUCUCGGACCACAGGGAGACUUCAUUACCUCACCUGAAAUUAGUCAGAUUUUUGGAGAACUACUUGGAGUGUGGUGCAUAAGCGAAUGGAUGGCUGCUGGUAAACCAAAAACACUUCAACUAGUAGAACUUGGACCUGGCAGGGGUACUUUAGCGAGUGAUGCUCUAAGGGUUUUCAGCCAACUCAAUUCUAUGUUGAAGGAAUCUGAAAUUUCAGUGCAUUUGGUUGAGGUGAGCCCAAAGCUUGGUGAAGUUCAAGCGCAGCUUCUGACUGAAGGAGAGCAGCAUUUAAGACAUGAUCCAAAUGGUGCAAUUUAUAAAACAGGUACAACCAAAACAGGGCUUCCAAUCUCCUGGUACAAGGAUCUACAGGAUGUACCCAGAGGAUUCAGCUUUUAUAUUGCACAUGAGUUUUUUGAUGUACUUCCAAUACACAAGUUCCAGAAAACGAAGCUUGGAUGGCGUGAGGUAUUGAUAGACAUUGAACCAAAUUCACCUGAAAAACUUCGGUUUGUUCUAGCACCUCAUGCUACUUUGGCUUCCAAAGCAUUAAUUCAGAGCGAUGAUGAAAGAGACCAUAUAGAGAUAUGCCCUGAGGCUGGUAUCAUUGUUCAGAAUCUAGCCAGCAGGAUCACUGAAGAUGGGGGAGCAGCGCUGAUUGCUGACUAUGGCCAUAAUGGAACAAAAACUGACACAUUUAGAGGUUUUCGUGGACAUAAGCAGCAUGAUGUGCUCACAGCACCUGGAACUGCAGACCUGACUGCAGAUGUCGAUUUCAGCUACCUUCGGCAAAUGACAAAGGGUAAAGUGUCCUCCCUAGGACCAAUUCCCCAGCAUGAGUUUUUGAAGAAUAUGGGCAUUGAUGUGAGACUUCAGGUACUGCUCAGGAAUACAUCUGACCCAGCCACAUGUACAGGUUUGAUUGAUGCCUAUGAUAUGAUCAUGAAUCCUGAGAAAAUGGGGAAUCGAUUCAAGUUUUUUGCCUUGUUACCUUGUGAUAGAUUAAUUUCAAGCAACGAUACAAGGAGCAUAAAACAUGGUCCAACAGCACCACCUGUUGCAGGAUUCAGUGAACUGCAGUUGUAAAGAAAGCCAUAAGUCACACGCUGAAAAAACUUACAGUAUCAAGUUUAGGCUUGGUAUCAUUAUUGUAACAUCAUUACUGAACUUGUACAUAUACCUUCAGAAAAGCACAACUUCACAACAAGAAAAUGAAAGGGAAAUUAAUUUAUUUCAUACUAUGUAAAUUCAAAACUCAAACUUCACAUAUUAAAUUGUUUUCUAAUAA